CCAUCAGUUCUGUGCAAAAUUGAUGGCACUUCCAGUAGCAUACUGGAAAAGCAAAGAGCACCAGUUAGUGUUUCAUUGAAUAGUUCUGCGGGUAGUAAAUUUGAUUUAUCAACGUCCACUAAAUGGGGUUUGGGCAACAAUUCUCAAGGAUUGUGUGGAAAACGUGAUGUGUUUCAUCUAGGCUGAAUAAUAGAUACAGUCCCCUACAAGACAUUUGUAAUUCAGAUACUGGACGACAUUAUGGUGAUCAAUCUCGACAUCCUCGGGAAAAUCCUGAAUAUGAUGGACUCUUAGGAAGUGGUGCUUUUUCAAGAGCUUCUGGAGGAACAAAUGAAGCUUUGGCUCUGAAGGUUCAAGAGAAUGAUCAUUAUCAACUCAAAAAGAGUGAUAACCCAUAUCGUCCUCCACAUUCUUACAAGGAAGUACCUAAUCCAGGGGUAGAGAGUAAUGAAUUAUGUACUGAAGAAGCAUCUUGUUCUGCCGUGUCACUGAAUGAUGAGAGAGCAGAGGAGGAGAAAAAGAGAAGAGAUACAUUUGAGUUGAUGAGGAAGGUCCAGCAAAUAGUGACUCUGGAGAAUCCAAAGCAAAUUGGCUAUAAGCAAGAAGAAAAUUUUGAACCUGUUAACGUUGCGCUCUCAGAGGAUCUUGGAAAUGAUAAGAGGCUUUUGAAGGAAUCAAAGAAAUACAUGGUAUUGACAGAUCCAAGUAACAGUUCAGCCAAUAGUUCUUUGGAGAAGAAUCUUGGGAUAAAAUCCUUAAUCCAAUCCCCCAUUGCUGAGCACCAAAACGUCGACACAGAUAAGACCCAGAAGCCCAUAUUGCAUUCAUCCAAGUUUGCUCAUUGGUUUCUUGAAGAAGAGAAGGAACUAGCUGGUGGUUUGAUUGCAAUUGAUGAUCCUGUAAUUACUCAGCACUCAAAACCUAUGCCAAAUAUGGCAUCAAUCAUCCAUACACAACAGGAAGCGAAGCUCAGUCCCAAAGCUGGCUCUGAUGAUACAGUUGACUCCACAGGCGAAAUCUGUUGGCCGGACGAGGACAGUUUGAUUGCAAUUGAUGAUCUAAUAAUUCCUGAACAUUCGAUGUCUAUGCAUAGUGGGAAAUUGACAGAAGCUUAUAUAUUGGCCUCAAAUGUAACAGUUGAUAUUGCAGAUAAAUCAAUGGCUCUAAAUGUUGCCCACCAUGAUGAAGGAUCUACUGUACCGGCUGUGGGAAACUCAGCUUUUCUCGCUGGUCCAUAUGAUACAAUGGGCUCAGGGUUUCCUUUUCACAACCCCCUUUGACAGCAAUCUAACCCACAGUUCCACCACUCUUACAUAAGUUCGGGAAGACCAUCUUUCCAUCCAUUAGAUUCCCAUCGAGCUCAGAUGAACUCUCAAACCAAGUUCACUUGUCCUAAGAGCAAUCAUUGUAAUCCUUCGCCACAUCACCAUAUUGACACAUAUGCAUAUCCUUGGCAAACUACUCCUGUGAAGUCUAAAAAGUUUCAUCAUACUGUCAAGCAUUCGCAGUUGCAGCAGUCAAUAAAUUUUCCUUGCCCACAAACUGAUUAUGAGCUGCUGAGAGGUGCACCACCUCCUAAUCCCAUUUAUCAAAUGGCUUAUACUCAAAAUUUGAACCCAGUACAAAAUUUCUUCCCGAAUUCUCAACAAUCUAGCUAUGUGGGCUUUGGAAUGCCAAAUCCAGACAAGAACAAAUCAGACGCGUCAUUUCACCUUAGGUGGCUAUGAUCAAGGGACAUGCAGUAGACAGCGUGGCCCAGAAUUUUGGCGUGGACGGUGAUCAAUUGGCGGUGAUGAUGGUCAUUUUCGUGCUUAAAAUGAGACUGUAUAUUCCAAUUGCAAAUUGUAUAUACCAAGCUAUCUAAACUAUAUAUUGCAGAUCAUAUAUGUUGAAAAAGAAAGAUUUGGUAGUAAUACUACCAAAUAUUAUUAGUUAUUAUUAGCGGUAAAUAUAAUAUUUGAAGGAUAUUUUCUGUAAAUAGAAUAUUUGUCAAAUACUGUAAAUUAGGAAAUUAUUAAUUAGGCCAGUUAGGUCUGUACGUGUAUUCUUUCCUAUAAAGAGAACCGGUGUAAACUUGUGAAUAUUGUGGUAAUACAGAGGAAAAUGUUUUUCCAUAUUUCUUUCCUUUCAA